AUGCUCGCGACCGUUUUCUCUGCCGGCUUCGCUUGGGAGAUCGGCUUCAACAACGUCAUGGACAAGGUCUGGGAUAACAACAACCGAGGCCGACAAUGGAAGGACAUUCGACACAAGUUCAUUGAGGGUGGCGAUGAGGACGAGGAAUAA